GGUUGGCCUAAAGUUUAAGGCUAAAUGUUUAAAUCACCAGUAAGUUAAUAUUUUUUUUGCGUUUUCAAUCGUUUAGUCAACGGCAUUUAAGAGAACCCCAGCAAAAGGACUGCAGAAAUUAUCUGGAGCGUAUUUAUUCAGCGAUAUUCAACGAGUCAUCUUUCGUAAGUCCCGUCGAAUAUAUCCAUGACAGACUUACAAAUCCUUGCUCUGUUCUGUUGCCUUGUACCAUGUCUGUCCAUACAGUAUCUUGGGGGUCAGGUCAUUCCUCAGUACUAUCUGCCUUACGUUCUCCGCUCAGAAGUCCCGAGACCUGUCCCCAGGCCUGUCCCACGAUCAACAAUAAUGAGCCCCGAAUUAGCCCGACUGUAUGCGGCAAAGAAACAAGCGAUAAAGAUAGCGAAGGAUAUCGACUCGGAGAUUGAGCACUAUGUUCAGAAUCAGCUCUAUCGCAGAACCUUCGAUACCAACGAUAUGAACUUCCCAUUCUUCAAUCCAAGACCUACGAACCCUUUGUCCGCUGCUAUUGGUGCUCAAGGUGGAGUCUGGUUCCCAGGUCCAUCAGGAGCAGGUGUCGAGGGAAGCCGCAUGCUUGAAGGCCGGGCAAAUCAAGUACCUCCUUUUCGUAGAGCCCAGGCCUCACGGACACCAAGUCAGAGCAGGUUAGCUAGAAUUCUGCAAGUACCGCAAAAUGUCGGUAAUACACAGGUUCCUCGAACAUUCACGCCAACUGGGACCCAGUCUACACCAGACCCCUCCGAUGAGAUAAAUAGCCUCGGAAAUCCCACAGAAUUUGAUCAGAAAUGCAUGGUACUUAAACUGACGUUCGAAAAGUCAAACGGUGACUUGGUGUUCGACGACUCACUACAGAAGAACAAUGGUCGGCUACAAGGCGAGGCUCAAGUUUUAAAAGACCAUGCCGACCAGGGACGGUCUGUUGAUUUUGGGAACAAUGGAAAAAUUGUUCUUAAACCUGGUUUCAAGGGAAAACCAAAGAAGUCCAUCGCGAUCUCACUGUGGGUCAAGCUAAAAAACGUUCAGGGAGUUAUUCCUCUUAUCACAGCCACCGAUGAAAGAAACUUUGUUCGUUAUGGCCUACAACUGCGCAAUGGCAGAGGAGAAUGGGUGCAUAGAGGGGACUCGGGUAGGGAGUUGUUUCGUAUCCAGUCCAGCACUCCAGAUGUAACUGCUGAAAAAUGGCAUAACAUUGUGGGCAGCUUCGACUCCAUAUCAAGGACUGCGUCACUCUGGGUGGACGGCAAGCAAGUAAGCAAAGAAGAUGGAAUCAGCGGUGUACUCUCACAGAAGUGGAACAAGCUAACCAUAUUUGGAGGGAAAGUGCGUGGAGACAUGGACAAUGUCUUUAUGUUCAGAUGUCCACUGGACAAAACCAAAAUCGUAGCUCUGUAUGUGUCUGCAGCAUCUCCUAAAGAAGUCAAAAGAGAUUUAAUUCCAAGACCUAAAUGAUGUGGGGUAAUUUUAAGUGCAACCGAGUGCGGAAAGUAUUCCAGGAUUGCUUUGGUUUUGCUUUACUAUCCGUGUAAUCAGUCUUGAAACCUCGACAAGGAACUAGUAAGAUGCAUAACUUACAUCCAAUCGCAUCUCAGUAGCUAAUUUUUUCCUCGGUUGAAGCCGUUUUCAUGUACAUUUUGCUUCAUAAGUCAAUGGUUCCACUGGCCAUGCUGACCCAUUGAUACUGAAAUGGACCUUUUGUCCUUAUUGAUUGGGAUCCCUUCGUUCGGCUUCAGUUUUAUGUUUAAAAACCCUGUUAGUGGUACCACGACUUUGGGUCACCUUAAUUAUUAAUAAA